AUGGAAAUCGCAUUUGAUUUAUCUUCAAUUUUUACGGACAACAUCCAACGUCUUGAAAAAGCUGAUUUGUUGAAAUACAGUCCGAAACAAUAUUGGGCUGUUGCCAAAAGUAUUGACACUUUGGGAGAAAUGUCAUCAAAGUUUCAUGGAUGGAAGAGAAUCAUCACAAUGUAUGAAAAAAUCAUCGAUCAUGAUGAGGACCAAACCGUGUACAUCUUGUGGGAUAAAGUCGAUGGCAACAAAAGUGUCCUAAAAGGAAUUCUACGUGUCGGAUACAAAACUCUUUACCUCACGGAUAAUGAACAAAAUCAGUACAUGGAAAAAGCAAUGUGCAUUCUAGACUUUUUCAUUGUACCAACAGAACAACGCUCUGGUAACGGAUUCAACAUGUUUGAUGCCAUGCUGAAAGCUGAAAAUGUGUUAGUUGAACAGUGCGCAUUUGAUAAACCAUCUGCAGCCCUUCGGCAAUUUUUGGAGAAGUAUUAUGAUCAGAAAGAACCAGUGAUGCAAUCCAACAAGUACGCAGUCUUCCCGAACUUCUUCAUCGGCCGUCAUCCAACUGUUCCAUUCACUCCUCGCCAAACAAAACGAGCUUCUCGAGCCAGUUCAGCUGUUUCCAGUCACACCACCAGCAGAAAUACUUCACCAAUUGGGCGUAAUCGCCCACGCCACGACUCAGUCGCUGAUCUGAUGCGUCAAGACAAUUUCCCCAGAGGAAGAUCAGUAAUUGACCCAAAUAGUCCGGCAGGAUUCAAACUCACUAGAGACCAGAGACACGAACCAAUCUGGUGA